UUCUUCAUUCUGCCUACAUCUCAUCGCCGGCGUUUUAAUCUUACGCGUUUUAACUUUGUUUUUUAAAAAUAACGGCUGUGGAAAUGAGUGGGGAUUAUUCCCACAACGAUUCCCAGAUUGACUCUGGAUCCCGAUACAAUGAUUCCCAUAAGCACAAAGAGAAAUAUAAAGAGAAGGAACACAAACACAAGGAACACAAGAAAGACAAAGACCGUGACAAGUCAAAGUACAGUAAUAGUGAACACAAGGACUACUCUGAGAAAAAACACAAAGAUAAAGAGAAAGAGAGACUGAAGCACAAAGAUGGCUCCUCAGACAAGCCAAAGGACAAGUACAAAGACAAGGAAAAGAGGAAAGAGGAGAAGGUGUCGCACUCUCUGUACGAUGGCAGGCUCAAGAAAGAAAAAGAGAAUGGCUUUGCUAGUCCUCUACACGUAAAAUCAGAGCCUGAAAGUGACGACUUCUACCUUUCUCCCAAGUCCCUAAAGCGAGAGCGUGACGAUGAUGAUUCUGAAUACAAGCCAAAGAAAAUGAAAGUAGAAAAUGAGGAUAAAAGUGAAAAGAAGGCAAAGAAAAGAAAACAGGAGGAUGGAAAGAAUACAAAAACGAAAAAGAAGACAAAAGAUAAGAAGGGGGAAGUUGCUGAUGGGAAGAAGAAGGCAAAGAAAGAGCCAGAAGAAAAGUGGAAAUGGUGGGAAGAGGAGAGAUAUACAGACGGUGUUAAAUGGAAGUUUCUGGAGCACAAAGGGCCGGUUUUUGCACCACCUUAUGAACCUCUUCCUGAACAUGUCAGAUUCUAUUAUGAUGGGAAGCCCAUGAGACUCAGUCCAGAAGCUGAGGAAGUGGCCACAUUCUUUGCUAAAAUGCUGGACCAUGAAUAUACCACCAAGGAUGUGUUUCGGAAAAACUUCUUCAAAGACUGGAGAAAGGAAAUGACUUCAGAGGAGAAAGGCAAGAUCACAGACCUAAAUAAGUGUAACUUCACUGAGAUGCAUGAAUACUUCAAAGCUCAGUCAGAGGCCAGGAAGCAGAUGUCCAAAGAGGAGAAACAGAAAAUCAAAGAGGAAAAUGAGCGUAUUCUCCAGGAGUAUGGCUUCUGUAUUAUGGACAACCACAGAGAGCGCAUUGCAAACUUCCGUAUUGAGCCCCCGGGCUUGUUCCGUGGCAGAGGAGACCACCCCAAGAUGGGUAUGCUGAAGCGUCGUAUCAGGCCCGAAGACAUCAUCAUCAACUGCAGCAAAGAUUCAAAGCAACCCAAACCACCACCUGGCACCAAAUGGAAAGAAGUUCGUCAUGACAACAAAGUCACAUGGCUGGUAUCCUGGACAGAGAACAUUCAAGGCUCCAUCAAAUAUAUCAUGCUGAACCCAAGCUCAAGAAUUAAGGGAGAGAAGGAUUGGCAGAAAUACGAGACAGCCCGACGGUUGAAGAGUUGCGUGGACCGGCUGCGCGCACAAUACAGAGAGGACUGGAAGUCAAAGGAGAUGAAAAUCCGACAAAGAGCUGUAGCCCUCUACUUCAUUGACAAGCUGGCUUUGAGAGCUGGUAACGAGAAGGAGGAGGGAGAGACUGCAGACACAGUGGGCUGCUGCUCUCUCAGAGUGGAACACAUUACUCUUCACCCCGAGAAGGAUGGCCAAGAGUUUGUGGUAGAGUUUGACUUCCUGGGAAAAGACUCUAUCCGCUACUACAACAAAGUCCCCGUGGAGAAAAGGGUUUUCAAGAACCUUCAGCUUUUCAUGGAGAAUAAGCAACCAGAAGACGACUUAUUUGACCGUCUCAACACCACCAUUCUGAACAAGCACCUUCAAGAGCUGAUGGAUGGAUUGACGGCUAAAGUGUUCCGUACAUACAACGCCUCCAUCACCCUACAACAACAGUUGAAGGAGCUCACCACUGCUGAUGAAAACAUCCCUGCAAAGAUCCUGUCCUACAACAGGGCCAACAGAGCUGUGGCCAUCCUCUGUAACCACCAGAGGGCACCACCCAAGACCUUUGAGAAGUCCAUGCAGAACCUUCAGACAAAGAUUGAUGCAAAGAAAGAACAGCUUGCUGAUGCAAAGAGACAACUAAAGAGUGCCAAGGCUGAUCACAGAGUAUGCAAAGAUGAGAAAAGCAAGAAAGCUAUGGAGGCCAAGAAGAAAGCAGUGCAGAGAAUAGAGGAGCAGCUGAUGAAGUUGGAGGUACAGGCGACAGACCGUGAGGAAAACAAGCAAAUAGCCUUGGGUACCUCCAAACUCAACUACCUGGACCCCCGCAUCUCAGUGGCCUGGUGCAAGAAAUGGGGCGUUCCCAUUGAGAAGAUCUAUAAUAAAACUCAACGUGAGAAGUUUGCUUGGGCUAUUGACAUGGCUGAUGAAGACUUUGAAUUUUAAACCUGGUUUGCAGUUCCUUGUUUCUUUCCUUCAUUUUAUUUGGAAAUAUCUUUAAGCAUAAAUGAUUCCAGCAGGUUGCAAACCUAUCAAGGGAAUAGAGGAUUUAGAGAAAUGAGUAUGGUGACAGGAAGGCUGGAGCACAGAGGGUAGGGGUGAAGAUAUUUAGGCCAUUACCUGGUGAUCAGCAGGGUUUGGUUUGGGUUAGUCUCUGAAUUUUGAAGACUGACCAAGACCUGUCACCUCAAGGUCACAUGGUCGCUCCUUGGACUGGAGAACGAAACAGUGGCUUGAUGUUUUCGCCUGUUCACUGAUUUUUUUUUUUUUUAAUUUUAAUAAUUUUAUUUUUGUUUUUCCUUUUUAUCCCCUCCCUGCCUCUGGGUAUAAGGGCCUGAGGAUGUCUGAACUAUGAACUCUGUGGUCCUAUAGCUACUGUAUUCAGCAACAAAUUGCUUUGUGUACCUUUUUUAUUGUUGGUCUGUAUUUUUAGCCAUCCUGUAUUAUUAAUGAAUUCUAUAUUUUAAUAGAAGAAAAGAGAUGAAUCAGAGAAUUCCUUAAGUACACCCACACGCCUUGUUAGGAAACAGUUAAGUGUACUGAGGUUAUGAAUUAGGGGAAAAUUUGACCAUGAAAGCUGUGUGUUUGGGUGUAUGUGUGAUGUGAAAUGUUUUUAAACUGGACUUGGAACUGUGUUGAACUAUAUUCAUGCCACAAACCAGAAAGAUUGCGGGAGAAAGGGAGAAACACAAGCUUGACAUUGACGAUUUCUCCAUAAACAGGCAGAAUGUGAACUUUUUUUUUUUCUUUUUUACAACCUUUAUCAGGGACUUGUUUUGAAUCUAAAUGUGAACGAAUAUUUCCCUAUGCAUUGCCACAGUGAUACCGCUCUCUCCGCUCUCUUCACAGUUCGAAAUCUCCAUCUGGUUUUAAUUCAAUCAUUUCUAGUGACUGUUUCUAAGAGGAAAAGAAAAAAAAAACUCCCCUAUCUGUUACUUGAAGUUAUCACUACUUUAAUGUGUUGUUUUAAAGGUAGUUGAAAGGAAAAAAAUUCUUCCAAAAGGUAUGUGAGGGAUGUCGAUUUUGCCAAAAAGAAAAUAAGUCCGUGUUACAAGCCUAGGCAAUUUAUUUUUAAUUGUGUAAAGAUCAAGGACAAAUAUUUUAACAUGAAUUUUAAUGUGAAAUUCUUUGUAAAGUUUAUUCCACUUUAUCUGCCUUUACAAAAAGUAAAGUUGAUGGCAAUUUAACUUCCUCUUUCAUUUUAUCAAGUUCAUGUCAUGGCUUCUAAUCAUGUUUUUUUUUUUUUUUUCUCCUUGGUUUUGUUUUUAUUUCUUGCCCCCCCCCAUUGUAGGUUAUUUAAGAAUAAAACCCUACAACAAUG